CAUUAUAAGAGAGGGAUUUUGUCUGUGGCUCCUAAAUCUGUCUGCAAGCAGUGUAACAGAAAGAUGAAGUGGGUGGUACUUGCUUUCAUCUGCCUUCAGCUGGCAGAGGGGCUUAUAAGAGUCCCCCUAAAAAGAUACAAGUCUGCCCGUGAUAUCAUGAGGGAAAAGGGCAUUCUAAAGGAAUUUAUGAAGACUCACAAGAGGGACCCAGCCUUAAAAUACCACUUCAACCAGAAAUAUGACUUUGCUGUGGCAUAUGAGCCCAUGUACAUGGAUACAUAUUAUUAUGGGGAGAUCAGCAUUGGAACGCCACCCCAAAACCUUUUGGUCCUAUUUGACACUGGCUCUUCCAACCUAUGGGUUCCAUCCGUCAACUGCCAAAGCGAGGCCUGCAGUAAUCACAACCUGUUUAACCCCAGCCAGUCCUCUACCUAUACAUCUAAUGGGCAGCAAUUCUCAAUGUCAUAUGGCAGCGGUAGCGUCACUGGUGUCUUUGGCUAUGAUACGGUGACAGUAAGUAAUGUUCAGGGACUCACUCUCACUAACCAAGAAUUUGGUUUGACCUACAGUGAGAGUGGCAGCAGUUUCUAUUACUCCAAGUUUGAUGGCAUUUUUGGUAUGGCCUAUCCUGCAAUGUCUGCAGGAGGAGCUACUACUGCCAUGCAGGGCAUGUUGCAGCAAAAUCUGCUCACUUACCCCAUAUUCAGUGUCUACAUGAGCAGUCAGUCUGGAGAAGUGAUCUUUGGUGGUGUUGAUAACAACUUGUAUUCAGGCCAAAUCCAGUGGUCUGCAGUCACCCAAGAGGUUUACUGGCAAAUUGGAAUUGAUGAGUUCUUAAUUAAUGGUCAGGCAACAGGAUGGUGCAGUCAGGGCUGCCAAGCCAUUGUAGAUACUGGAACCUCUCCCCUUACCAUCCCCCAGCAGUAUAUGGGGACACUGCUGCAGUACACUGGAGCACAGAAUAAUAAUGGAAUGUUUGUAGUGAAUUGCAACAAUGUUCAGAGCCUGCCUACCAUUACUUUUGUGAUAAAUGGAGUCCAGUUUCCAAUCCCUCCCUCAGCAUACAUAGUCCAGAACAACGGUUACUGCACUGUUGGAGUUGAAGAAACGUAUCUCCCAUCUCAGAAUGGCCAGCCAUUAUGGAUCCUGGGGGAUGUCUUCCUUCGACAAUACUAUUCUGUCUAUGAUAUGAGCAAUAAUAGAGUUGGCUUUGCUCAAGCAGCAUGAAGACGAGAAAAUAUGUUACCAUUUACUCACACAUGCACAAUGCCAAGUUAUGUUUAGCCCACAUAUAUGAAUCAAUAAAACAGUUUCAAAAACA